UCCGUACGUAAUUCCCUCCGUUUGUGCAAUACUAAACCGCGCCAUGCUUCAUUUCUCCUCUUCUCAUGGCGUCUUUUUCUCUCAUAGCCAACAACGCCUUCUUCACUUCUCGCCUCAUUGACCUAAUCAAGCUUCAGAGGCUCCGGCACGCUUCUAUUUACCCAGCAAUGGAUUUUCACUCACUGGGUCCUCAAGAUGCAGCAAACAACCACAUGCCCAAAUGGAAUAAAAUUGAUGGACGGGCGUUUGGGAUCACUCGUUCAAUGAUCCCAUCUUCAUCAUGGACCGUCUUGAAAAUUCUUCGUGAUAAAGGGUUUGAAGCCUAUUUGGUGGGUGGAUGUGUGAGAGACUUACUCCUAAACAGAGUACCAAAAGAUUUUGAUGUGAUUACCACAGCUGGACUUGAACAGAUCCGUAAACUAUUUCAUCGGGCACACAUUGUUGGGCGUCGUUUUCCUAUUUGUACGGUUAAUAUUAAAGGCUCCAUUACUGAGGUUUCAAGUUUUGAAACAGUUGCAGAACAUGCUGACGGAAAAGAAAGGGUAACAUCUUCUAAAACUCCAAAAAAAUGUGAUAAAAAGGACUUGAUCCGGUGGAGGAACUCUAUGCACCGGGAUUUCACAAUUAACAGUUUAUUCUUUGAUCCCUUUUUGAACAAAAUCUAUGACUAUGCUGAAGGGAUAGCAGACUUAAGGUCCUUGAAGCUGCGGACACUAAUUCCUGCAUCAUUGUCAUUCAAGGAGGACUGUGCUAGAAUUCUGCGUGGCUUAAGAAUUGCAGCUCGUUUGGGUUUGUCACUCUCAAAGGAAACUGAGACUGCAAUGCGUGAACUUUCUCCUUCCAUCACAAGCUUGGCUAAGUCCAGGUUAAUGAUGGAAUUGAAUUAUAUGCUAUCUUAUGGAGCAGCCGUUCCUUCUCUCUAUUUGCUUCAGAGGUUCAACCUGCUUGAAAUGCUGCUACCAUUUCAGGCUGCUUAUCUUGAUAAACAAGGCAUUAAGAAAUCUUCACUAAGUUCUAUAAUGUUGAUGAAAUUGUUCUUCAAUUUGGAUAAAUUGUUUUCUUGUGAUUGCCCUUCGGACUGCAAUAUAUGGGUUGCAUUGUUGGCAUUUCACAUGGCAUUAGUUAACAACCCUCAGAAUUCUCUUAUAGUUCUGGCUUUUGCUGCCACCUUGUACCAUGGGGAUUGGAAUGAAGGUGUGAAUUAUGCAAGAGAAAACUCUCUUUUGCAGAUCAAUUUAAGGCCAGAGAUUACGAGUUCGGCUCAAUUUACAUCCGAGGAGGAGCUUACUGAAGGGGUUACUCAUUUUGCUUCAAAAGUACAAGGUUGCAUAGCUGCUCUGACUUCAGCAGAUUCUCUCUUAGAAGCCAUGUCUACGUUUCCAGACUCUCCAUGCUCUAGUUUGGUACUUGUGUCAAAUAAAACUUCCAAAGAUGUUGCUAACAUUUUUGAAGCACUGGUGAAUGAUGUUGAAUCCUACAAAAACAAGAGACAGGGUUUUGACAUUGACUAUCAACUGCUUGGGAAGGGUACUUUGAGUGAGAGUAGAUAUGUCUUGGGAAAAGUUAUCUUGGAAACCCUGAAAGAUGCAAUUCUGCAGGGAGAUGGAAACAUUCUUUACAGGAAACAAAAUCUCUGUGUCGAUGCUACUACUGAGGAAACUUGUAAUUCACCAGCCGCUGAUUUGGUGAAGGGCCAAUUGAUUAAAAGAAACAAGAAAGUUCAAAAACUGCAAUCUGGUUUUGAAGUUAAGUGGGAAGCGAAUAAGAAAUAUAAGCUUGGAAGGAAGCAGGGAAGUAUUUCUGACGAGGUGGUUCAGAAUGGAAGGUGCAUUAACAUGGGAGUAGAAGCAUCUCAAUUACCCCUUGCUGGCUUACAUUCGAUGGAAGAGUCAAUGCUGGAGUCAAGCAAAUGUCAUCAGUUUGAAGUGGGGGCUGCUGAGAAUAUGCAAAAGAAUCCUGAAACCAUGGGGAAUGAAGUCAAGAACAUUAUUCCCUCCCAGGAAGCACGUGAUAAGGUUACCAAGGAGCUGCUUCACACUGGAAAGAUCAACCGGAGGAAGAUGGACAAAGUAGCAGGGCAGGAAGGAAAGUCCGUCAAGAAAGAGCAUCAUCAGGUGCCUCAGGGAAAGGAGAAUAUUGAAAAGAAACAUAGAGAUACAACAGAUGUCGAGCAGUGUAAGCGUCCACUGUCCAGCCUUUUCAAGUAAAUGCCUUUGGUGUGCGAAUCAGAAGCUGGUUGGGGAAUUGCUUCAAACUGGUCGUUAAAAGUGCAAUUCGAUUCACUUGUGUGAAGGCGUAUGAUUCCAGCUCCAUACUAGUUUGUAACCCAGGGAUUGAUCGCCUCAACACAAUCACCCCUGUUUGUUUCUGUUCAAUUGUUGGAGUUUUGGAUCUAGAAAUCCAACUGGAGUUGUUCGCGUUCCAAAACUAAAUGCCAAACAUCCGUCAUGACCGAGAAAAGAAGAGCCAAUGGAAUUAAAAUCAACACAUACAGCAAAUGGUCUUUCUAAAUCAUUCCUGUGUCUCUGUUAUCAUUAGGAGUUGCAAACUCAUGUUAGUAAAGGAGUUAGUUUCCCUGGUUCUGAAAACAAGUGGGUCAACAAAUUCAUGUAAAUUGUUCGGAUUCAAUUCAGUAAAUUUUGGUAGGUAGAGCGGUAAAUUUUUUUUUUUUUUUUUUUUUUCUAGUUUUGGACUUAUGGUCGACCCCUAUUGUGUUUUAGUUGAUAUAGCUAGACUAACAUUUGAUUAACCUCGUCCUUUUCCCUGCAUUCUAAUUAUCAUUGUUAUUUUUCUUCAUUUACCA